UACCCGUCACUAUUCGCUGAACUGGCGGAUACGAUCAUCUGCACUAACUAUCGGCUGUGGAUUGUUUUGCGCUCUCGGUCAUCGCAAAAAACAACAACAAACGAACACUGAUUUGCUGACGAUUUUAGCUUUCUCUUAGCGAAGUACUUGGGCGUUGUAAUCGGGGUGAACUUUUUAGAAAUGACGCCUCGAAUGAUUUUGGCGUUAAAUGUGAUAGCGCUUCUUGGAUUAACGCAGUCGGCUGAAUGGUCCUAUGAUGGGAAAACAGCGCCUAGUUACUGGAAGGACCAAUAUCCGAAAUGUGGCGGACAGAACCAAUCACCCAUAGAUUUACCCGCCAACAGCAAACUCGUUUAUGAUGCCAGCUUGGGCAAGUUCAACUUCACCGGAUACAGCAACAUGACAGCCAACUCGCCAAUUCUAAAAAACAAUGGCCAUACUGUUCAGUUGGAUAUCAAUGACACGUCUGUCGGCAAAACGUACAUGACAGGGGGCGGUCUCGUCGGAAAGUAUGUCGCUCUCCAACUGCACUUCCACUGGGGCCCGGACAACAAACGCGGCUCCGAGCACACAUUUAGGGGUCGCGAGUUCCCAUUGGAGUUGCAUAUCGUACACAUUAAGGACAAUAUGACGCUAGCUGACGCCAAGAACGUGUAUGACGGUCUCGCCGUACUUGGAAUCUUCUUUUUGGUUGAUGGAGAGAACAAUACUGAUAUUCAGCCACUUGUUGAAGCCUUGCGCGACAUUAGACACUACGGCCAGUCGCGUCCUCUAAACCUGGACUUCUCCCGCCUGAUGCCAGCCCACGUGACUGAGUUCUACCGCUACAAUGGCAGUCUGACCACCCCCACAUGUGAUGAGGCCGUCAUCUGGACCCUGUUUGAAGACAAGAUCACCAUCUCAGAUGCGCAGAUGCGCGAGUUCCGUGCGCUUUAUGAGAAAGGCGUGAGCGCCAAUGAGACCAAGGAGCCCCUUGAUAUGAACUACCGGCCUGUGCUACCCCUCAACAGCAGGACAGUGAAAAAAAGCUUUGAUAAAGCGAUACCCGACAGUUGGCACUGGGGAUACCAUGGUUAUGAAGCCCCUGAGAACUGGCCCCUGUACUACGAAGAAUGUGGCAGAGCUGCGCAGUCCCCGAUUGAUAUCCCCCAUCCGAAUAAGCCGGAAAUGGUGUUUGACUCUAGUAUGAAUCUGGACACUUUGACCUUUAUCAACUACGAUCAGGCUUUCAAUGGAAGCUUGUCAAACAACGGCCAUGCUGUUCAAAUUGAUAUCGCGCCAUCCGCCGGGCUCGCGAUCAAGAAUGGUGGACUUCCGGGAACCUUCCGGGCGGCCCAGUUCCACCUCCACUGGGGUCCCAACGACCAAUCCGGCUCUGAGCACACACUGCAGGGAAAAAUGUACCCCAUGGAGAUUCACAUUGUCCAUUACAAUGAGAAGUAUGGCAGUGUUGCGGGCGCUGUCUCUCAGCCUGACGGUUUAGCUGUUGUGGGGUUUUUCUAUCAGGUGUCACCUGUCCCCAAUGGCAAGUACUCCAGGAUCGUCAGUGAGCUGCCGAAGAUUGCGUAUAAAAAUUCGCCAAAGGUCGAGAUCCCAAAUAUAAACAUGGUAGACCUCACUCACCAAGACCUGCGCCUCAGCGAGACCCGUGGCAAACACUUGCCCUUCUACCGGUACAAGGGGAGCUUGACCACUCCUGGAUGUGCGGAGGUCGUCACGUGGACAGUUAUGGAACCGAAAAUCCAGAUCAGCGCCAGUCAGAUCGAUGCAUUCCGGGAGAUGUUGCACAUAACAUCAGGACCUGUCACUCACGAGGACAAGAUGGUUACGAACUACCGCCCAGUUCAACCCCUCAACUAUCGCGCGGUGUACAUGAGUCUGGACAUGAAGACCACUACCGGCACCUCUGACGCCAGUUCCCUCCGAGCGAUCAUAGUUAUACCCAUUCUGGCCCUAUGGUCCUCAAUGUGGUAAUGCUGUGCUGGUUAUGAACAAAGUUCGAGUAUUGCCAGUUUUCGUUGUUCAGGGCUUUUUGUUUCGGUGUCCUGUGCAUUAAACUAGUUGCGCUGUUCUCAAUUUAUUUUAUUUUUUAAAUACAUUCAGUUGUACAGUAAAUUAUAAGCUUUGUUUUCUUAGUCGGAUCAGAGAAAAACUUUUUUAAAGGGACACGGUUUCGGUUUCGAAAAAUGAUGAUCUCUUAAAGAAAUGCCAUAGGAAAAUGUAAAUAAUGUAAAUAAUAAAUAACAUUCGAAAUAACACUCCCGAGUAAAAUCAUUUUGUUGUGUUUUGUUCAUUGCUUGAUUAUCAUCAUUUGAAAUCGGUAAAACCAUUAAGCGUGUUUUACACUUUUUCUCGAUACUUUAUACUUCUUGACCUAUUCGUCUAUCAAAGCGCAUAGAAUUCGCUCAAUAUAUUGAAGCCUGUCUGGUGCAUUUUUUUUAUUCUGUCACAACGAAAGUUCCUGCAGUUCUCAACGCUAGUAACUGCUCCUAGAAUGUGUUUCCUUUUCUUCUAAUCAUAUCGAAUUUCACGGUAGAUAUUAUAAAGAUGCAUUUGUUUACAGUGUUUUUAUGUUUUAACUUACUGUUUAUUAUCAUGUAUUCUCUCCUCUUUAAGCUCACCUGAGCACGACGGGCUCAUGGUAAGCGAUUGUGGUCAUUCUAUGUCCGGCGUCUGUCGUGGUAUGUCGUGUGUCGUUCGUCGUCAUUAUUUAGCUGUAAACAUUCUACAGACUACAUUUGUUCAUCGAAUAAGAAUGAAACUUUAUAAGAAUAUUUAUCUUGUCAAAAUCUAGGCAAAGAUCAAAUCUUAGUACCAUGCGUCCAAAACUAGAUCACCACGCUUAAUAUUAAAAACACAUUAUUACAACUCAAGAAGCAGUGACAUCAAGCUAUUGAAUAUAAAGAAUGGAAAACGAUAAAUACUUGAGAAGAUUUUGCGGGGAAAUCUGUAACAAUGCCCUAAAUCCAGCUGAGCAGGCGCUGGUAUUUCAUAAGCGUCCGCGAGAUCACGCUAAGGGGACACACUCUUUGAAUUUGGUUAUAAGGCUUGUUAGUAUAAACUUAUGUUAUGGUUACCAUAAAGGAGCUUAAUAUGUUAACUCGAUUACUUGCUAAUAAGGUUCUCGUCAGUAUAGGACAUUUACAUUUAAUUCGCCUCCAAAAACUGUCACCUGUUCAAAUCGUGUAGAAAACCCCCAUUACCACCUUAGAGGCCAUGUUUAUGACUCAACUAUGUUCAACUCUCGAAAAAGCCGACCAAUAAUCAUGAAAAUGAUCUCGAGAAUGACAAAAACCAAAAUAAUGAGAAACGCGAAAGCCUUGCGAACACUAAAAGACCCGGUGUAUGUGAAUGAUCACCUUACAAAGCUCAAUACCACAAUACUUGCUUGCGUUAGGAAAAAGCAGAGAGACAUAGUCGUGUCGACCUGGUCACGCGAGGGAAAUGUGUACUACCGCGACGUCAACGAGAUAGUACACAAAGUCGUCCAAGACCAAUACCAAUACUGGCUGGAUCUACCAUGGCCUAGCACUUAAGCCAGUAUUGAAAAUGUGAUCUCUUUUCUUUUAUAAACACUGUGUCCAUAAACCAGAAACGCUCCACGAGAUUUUCACAGUUGAACAUUGUAUAUGACGUGCAGACCGCGCAACGAGAGGGCGAGAAAAACGAUUCUACUCGCAGGAACACUAAUUUAAUUGUCUCUUAUCGAUAAAAUUAUACUUUGCUUGAUGUCGUGUUGAAUAACCAGUACACAUUUAGGUUUACAAUUUAUAAGUACGCAAACAACUAAUACAAUCAAUACAUACACUUUUUAUAUUAACAGAGUUAUUAAUAAUUAUUAACUAUCAUUGAAAUUAUAUAGCCAUGAGGCUUAUCUAGUUUUUCAUUUUCGCGCUAGACUUGCCAACUUGUGGGAUUAAAAAAAAACUAAUUGUUCAUAUAAAGGGGGCGUGAAAACCGCAAAACGUAAACGAACUUUAACGAUGUUUUUAUAACCGCACUUACUGUUGGGUUUUUCAUUCGAAACAAUCGCUGUUAUUGAUUGAUUUUUUUAGUAGCUUUUUACACACCAUUCUUUUCUGCAUAUUGUAACUUAAAUCCCCGUUAAUUAUCUACUAUAAAAAUUACAUCUAAAAGGAAGCAUACACAAUAGUCUAAGCUGUAUUGUUUUUGAACCCAAAAUACUGUUAACAAAAUUAAAUUGAACGAUACACUAUACAGUAGAUUUUUCUAACAAAGAUCGUCUUAUAUAAUAAAAGUCCCCACGAUAUCUAUGACAUUACAAAACCAAAUAGAUGAAUCUAUUCUUUACAUAAAUAGAUUCAAUAAUUGUUGGUUGUAAAUUAGUUAUAUCUUUUAUGUUAAAACAACAAAAACGGAUUGUGCGUUUCUAAUGCACGCCUGUACCGUGAUUGUGUCUCUUGUUUAUUCUUGCUAUAGCUGGUAGAGGCAACUACGGCUUUUACAUUAUUAAUCAGUUGUAUAGUGAUGGAUGCAUUACGCACGUACACACACAAAAGACAGACGAAUGAACUCUUUUUGAAAAAUUUAUAUAAGUCGUUUGAUUGUAUUACCCUCUGAAAUGAUUUGCGUUAAUAAUGCGUCUAUGGCUGGUAGAUAAAAUAACUUUUGUCCAACAACUAGUGAUAGUUGAUAGUAAAACCAAAUGGUUCUUUUACUUAUUUAUUGCUCAAACUUAUUCUGUGUUACAAUUGUGAAAAUGCCAACAACGAACUUAACACGUUAAUUUCACUUAAACUUAAAAUUUUCCACUUGAUCGGAAAAACUUAUUCUUAAAAAAAUGUGUUGUAUAUCAUUCAAAACUAUAUGUCACGCUCGGUUUUGUUUUCUUGUACAUUGCUGUUUUGUUGCUGUAUUUCCUUUUUGUCCAACAAUUAGUGAUAGUUGAUAGUAAAACCAAAUGGUUCUUUUAAUUAUUUAUUGCUCAAACUUAUUCUGUGUUACAAUUGUGAAAAUGCCAACAACGAACGUAACACGUUAAUUUCACUUAAACUUAAAAUUUUCACUUGAUCGGAAUAACUUAUUCUUAAAAAAUAUGUUGUAUAUCAUUCAAAACAAUAUGUCACGCUCGGUUUUGUUUUCUUGUACAUUGCUGUUUUGUUGCUGUAUUUCCUUUUUGGUGUAAAAUGAAUCACUUUUACACACACAGUAAAACACACAAAUGCAUGCAUACAUGCAAGCAAUCACGCUAUCUCGAACACAAACGAAUUACCUUUUUUUUAAAAUAGCUUUCAACAUGUUUGGUUGUUGUACCUUAUGUUUUUUUCUACUAUGUUUAAUGUUGUUCUGUUUGUUAAUAUUUUAUUUCUUUGUUUCUUUUUGUGUAUUAUAUAUUUCACAAGAUACCGGGACAUACACGCACGCUUACACGCGCACACAAAAAACACACGCGCACACACACACGCAUACACACACACACACACACACACACACACACACACACACACGCACGCACGCACGCACGCACGCACGCACACACACUCAUGCGCGAAAGUGAGCAUAUACUUGUUAACAAUCUCAUUUCAUCAACAAGAAGGCGUACAAACUACACUUUUUUAUUUUUUUUGGUGAAAAAUCAGUGUUACACACACACACACACAGUAAAACACACCAAUGCAUGGCUACAUGCAAGCAACCACGCUCUCUCGAAUACAAACGAAUUACCAAUUUUAUUCUUUUUGUUCAAAAGAAUUUUCAACAUGUUUGGUUGUUGUAUCUAAUGUAUGUUUAAUGUAGUUCUGUUGUUUUUUCUCUGUCCCUUUAGAUGUUUUAUAUAUUUUCACAAAACACCGGGACAUAUACGCGCGCCUACACACGCACAAAAAUCACACACACGCACACUCACGCACACUCACGCACACACACACGCCCGCGCACACAAACACCCACACGCACACACACACGCACACCCGCACACACACAUACACACACGCAUGAACGUACACACACACACACACACACGCGCGCAUGAAUGUACAUACACACACACACACACACAUGCACGAACCUGCGCAUAUACUUAUUAACAAUCACAUUAUAUCAACGAGCAGGCGUACAAACUAAACAUAUUUAUUACUUGAGAUUACGGCAUAGGAAACAAAAACACGUACUGUUUAAAUACGCAAACGCCACGCAAACAUUGUUGUUGUUUUUGCAUGCCAGUGUUUUUUGUGUUUGCGUUGUUCUGUGUGCUGUUUUUCUUUCUCUUAAGCAUUUUUUUACUUGUGUAAUGAUAGUGUUUGUUACACAAUAUAUAUAUAUAUUUUUUUUUGGCGGAACCCUUUCUUCCUAUUUGUCAUUGUAAACAGUUUUUUUUAUCAUGUGUACCCGUUGCUUUUCGGGGUGUAAACAUAACUUUUUUUCUGCUCAUUUUUGUUUCCAUAUUUUGUUUGUAUGUAGAGACAUAUCUUAUCUUACAAUAGAAACUAACUGGAGAUGUUUUAAAUUUGAAACUAACUGGACAAGCACACACAAAUCAUCAUUUACAUCACCCUCCAUUAAAUGAUUAAAUUAUGUACAUUGAAUGUAAAAGGGCUAAACAAUAAAGACAAACGCAUAAAAAUCUUCAAAUGGUUAGACAAAAAAAAAUAGUAUAUGCCUUUUACAAGAAUGUCAUUUGACACCUACUUUAGCACAAACCUUAAAAGAUGAAUGGGACGGAGAAAUCUAUCUCAGUGGAAAACAUACUAAUAAACAAGGCAUUGCCUUUCUUAUAAAAAAUAAUAUAGGGAUCACAGUCAAUAACUUUAACGAAAUAAUAAUUGGCAGACAAGCAAGUAUAGAUAUCAAAAUACACGAAACAGAAUUAACAUUAAUUAAUGUUUACGGCCCUAACAUAGAUGAUUCCACAUUCUACGAAACAUUACAAUCCUUUAUAAUUAAUAACCAAGAUAAAAACAUCAUAGUCGGUGGUGAUUUUAAUACUGUUCUUAACCCAUUAUUAGACAAAAAGAGUGGAAACCUUUAUACUCAUCCUAAAAAUAGAAACAUUUUAAAUAACAUAAUUGAAAACUACAAUAUGAUAGACAUCUGGCGUACUAUAAAUCCAAACGAAAGCAAAUUCACCUGGCACUCAAACACAAAACCAACAAUAUUUUGUAGAUUAGACUAUUUUUUAAUAUCUGAAUCUCUUUGCAACAUUAUUGACAGAUGUAACAUAAAACCAGGAUUUAUGACUGACCACUCUCUAGUUGAACUUAAACUGCACAAUAUACUUCCUGAAAGAGGCCCAGGAUACUUUAAAAUUAACAAUAGCAUCUUAUUAGAUACACAAUAUCAAACACAAAUAAAACAGGAAAUAUUAAAUACAGUUCAAAAUAAUAAAGAUGCAAACCCAAACACCUUAUGGGAAGUAAUUAAAGGAAAUAUACGUAACACAACAAUUAGAUACACAUCAUUUAAACAAAAAGAAACACACAAACUUGAAACUGAAACCAUCAAAACCAUUGAAACACUUGAAAAACAAUUGCAUCAAACAAACACAAAUGAUACCACCGACAUUGAAAAUGAAAUAACAUUAAAAAAACAAAUAUUAGAUGGAAUCUAUCAUACACAUCUCAAUGGAAUAAUACUAAGAGCGCGUGCACAGCAUGUUGAACACAAUGAAAAAAAUACAAAAUAUUUCGCAAACAUUGAAAAACGUAGAAGUGAACAAAAAACUGUACACAAAUUAGUAGUCAAUGGCAAAGAUAUAACAAACAGAACUGAAAUACUAGAAGAACAACGUUUAUUUUUCGAAACCCUCUAUAAACGAAAAAAUGUUGAAAAUAACACCCUUUUUAAAAAUACACAUCACGCUUUAAACCAAGAGGAAAAACAACUGUGCGACGGAUUGCUUAAUGAAUAUGAAUGUGGAUUAGCCCUAAAAGAAAUGCAAAAUAACAAAAGCCCAGGAUCUGAUGGCAUCACAAUCGAGUUUUAUAAAAUAUUCUGGAAUGAGAUAAAAACACAUCUAAUUAAUUCACUUAACUAUUCAUUUAACAACGAAAACUACGCUACAAAAACAAGGUAUUAUAUCGCUUAUUCCAAAACCUGGAAAAAACUUAGAAUCCUUAUCAAACUGGCGCCAGAUUAGUUUACUAAACAAUGAUUAUAAAAUUGCAACUAAAAGUAUAGCAAACAGAAUUUAAAAAAUAUUACCAUCAAUCAUUUCAAAAUCUCAAUCUGGUUUUAUAAAAGGACGUUACAUUGGUGAAAACGUUCGUCUUAUCCAAGAAUGCAUACACUAUUUCAACAAUUCAAAUAAUCCUGGUCUAAUAUUCUUUGCAGACUUUGAAAAGGCAUUCGAUUCGCUUGAUCAUUCAUUUAUGUUCUCUUGCUUAGAAAAUAUGAACUUUGGUGAAAGUCUCAUUCAAUGGGUCAAACUAUUCUAUACCGAUAUUAACAGUAUAAUCAUUAACAAUGGCUUCUUUUCAAACAGUUUUAACAUCGAACGAGGGGUUCGACAAGGAUGUCCACUCUCAUCAUCGCUAUUUAUUAUUUGCAUCGAGUAUCUAUCACAUCAAAUCCAAUCAAAUAAACACAUAAAAGGCAUAUCACUAGAACCUGACGAAGAAAUCAAACAAUCCCUAUUUGCUGACGAUGCAACUUAUUUUUUAAACGACAAUUACGAUUCUUUCCAUAACCUAAUAGAGUCGCUAACCCUUUACGGAAUGACAUCGGGUCUUAAACUAAACAAAAGUAAAUGUACUGUGCUACGAGUAGGUAAAUUAAAACAAAGUACUGUUCAAUAUAAAAAAGAAAUGAAAUUUUAUUGGACAUCCGAUGAAGCCACAACGUUAGGCAUUACUUUCACAAAUAAUGAAAAGGAUACAGUUCUUAAAAACAUACUUCCUAAAUUACAGAAUUUUAAAAACUGCUUAAAAUCAUGGCAUCAUCGUAAACUUACACUAAUCGGAAAAAACACAGUAUUGAAAACGUUUGCACUUCCUAAAUUAAUAUAUGUAUUAACAGUUCUCCCAAAUCCACCAAACGAUGUAAUUAACGAUAUAAAAUCAGCAAUAUUUAAUUUCAUAUGGGACGGUAAGCCUGAUAAAAUAAAAAGAACUCGGUUAAUUCAAUCUGUAGAAAAUGGAGGUAUCCAAUUAACGAACAUUGACUCAUUCUUGAAUGCAAUCAAAUGCAGCUGGGUUAAAAGAUACCUAGAUAAUACCAAUACGAGUAAAUGGAAAUUAUUCUACCAAAAAAUCCUUAAAAAAUAUGGUGACUCCUUACUCUUUGAAUGUAACAUCAGCAAUACUAUCUUACAUAAAAUUGCAAACGAAAACAUAUUUCUGUCUGAUGUUCUAUCAGCGUGGAGUGAUGUCACUCAUAACUUAGAAACCCAAACCAGCAGUAAAACAGUUUUAUGGAACAAUAAAGACAUAACUUCAAACAAUAAGACGUUUUUCUAUAAAGAUUGGUUUGAACGAAGCAUUAAAUAUGUCGACCAAUUAUAUGACUACAGAAUUAAGGAUUUCUACUCUUUUGAUAAUAUAUGCUACAUAUACGGAAUACCUUCAAAUAAUUUUCUGAAGUACUACACACUAAUCAAAAGCAUACCCAUACAUAUUAAAUCUGAAAUCAAUACAAAUAAUACACCAUGUACUCAAACAACAUUUGUAGAAAACAUACUUGGAAGAAAAAACAAAACAAAUAAAAUAUUUUACACACUACAAAUUAAAAACCCUACAGAAAACUCCAAAAUCCAAAAUAAAUGGCAAGACCUUUUUGUAGAAAAUGAACUUAAUUGGAAACACAUAUUUACCAUGCCAUAUAAAGCAACCAUUGAAAGCACACUGAGAAAUUUUCAAUAUAAAUACAUCCAUAGAAUUAUAGCUACAAAUAAAUAUCUCUUUAAAUGCAAAUUAGCUAACUCAAAUCUGUGUGACUUCUGCAGUGAAAACAUUGAAACUAUAGAACAUCUUUUUUGGGAGUGCAAACACAUCCAGCCUAUUUGGAAUCAAUUAAUAUCAUUUCUUGAACAACAGCAACUAAACGUUAAACUAUCUUUCUUAAAUGUAAGUUUCGGAAUUAACUCAUUGAAAUCACUAGACGGUAAUAAUAUUGUGAAUUUUAUGGUUAUAUUGAUGAAAUAUUUUAUCUUAAACAUGAAGUACAAAAAACAAGUACCAAAUUUUAAUUGUUUUGUCCAUAGUCUUAAACUAAAAAUCCAGAUUGAGAAAGAAAUAGCCCUCAGUAAUGACACAUUACAAAUCUUUGAACAAAAAUGGAAACGGAUUAAAUUCUCAUAAUGUUUUGUCCACUUUUAUACAUUUCACUCUUAUGUUAGUUUAUCUUUCUAAAAUAGUUUUGUUUAUUUUUUUUAAACAUGAAGCACAAAAAACAAGUACCAAAUUUUUAUUGUUUUGUCCAUAGUCUUAAACUUAAAAUCCAGAUUGAGAAAGAAAUAGCCCUCAGUAAUGACACAUUACAAAUCUUUGAACAAAAAUGGAAUCGGAUUAAAUUCUCAUAAUGUUUUGUCCACUUUUAUACAAUUCACUCUAAUGUUAGUUUAUCUUUCUAAAAUAGUUUUGUUUAUUUUUUUUUCAAUCUGACAAGAUCAUUGUGAAUAUAAAACAAAACACACAAGUCCAGUAUGCUUUCUUCCGACUUUAUACAACUCAUCAUUUUUCAUAACUAUUCCUCUGUUGUUCUUUUCUAUUCUCUUUAAAAAAUAUAUAUAUAUUAGCAUAUCUUGUAUAACAUGUCUGAACUUUAUUGCUUUGUACAAUCACUAUGUUGUAUGAUCAUAUACAUGUUUACAUUGUAUGUAUGAUAUUGAAUAAAAAAAAAUAAAAAAAAAUGUUUAUGACUCAAUAUUGAUGAAACUUGGUCAGAAUGUUUCUCUUGAAAAUGUGUUGACCAUAUUUAAGCUUAGUUUGAGUUUUGGUCAUGUGAAUCCACAAACCACGUCACUGGGUCAAGUCUUCAAAACUAUCUAAGUACUACACCUUACACGCCGUUGAGCGCUAUAGGGCCACAUGACCUUCUCGUUUUUUUUUCUGUUCUCUGUCAUGUAUAUUUUAUUCUUUUGUGUUAAUCUAGAACUGUUCCUAUGGUAACAAUAAUAUUUCACGUACAUGUUGAUAUCGUCUGUUGUUUUCGAACAUAUUAUACAUCUCGGAUUGAUCAUUAAACUGUCAUUUAUAACUUU